AUGGCGAAUGCAGCGGCAAAAAAGGCAGCUAUUGCCCGAAAGGAAGCCGCCAAUACAUACUUGCCAAUCCUGGCUGGCAUCAACAUUGUCUACAUCCUCUUGUGUUUGGGUGCACAGCUGGAUCUUACAUUCUGGAACAUAGCGGGGAUGAUAUCGGUCUGGGGACUCGAAUUCUUUGCCUACACGGGGAUUUUGAACAAUGCCGAGAAUCGAAAUCCAAACGACAAAUCACUGGUGGGAGGAUCAUCUCUGGAUCUGCUUGGUAUGACGGUCGUCAUCCAGUAUGGAGCCGUCCUUUGGAGUCCCCGAUUUUAUUGGAUGUUGGUGCUCGUCCCAAUAUGGGGCGCUUGGACCCUCUACUCUACCUUUCGAGGUGGUGAUGGAGUCGGGGCUUCCAAGGGUGCAAAGUCGUCCACAGAACCAGCCGAAGAGGACCCAGCAUUGGCUGAUAGACGACAAAAGCGAUCCGAGAGAAGGAGACAAAAAAGAGCAUAG